AUGAAGGGGGCAUCAGCAAUGAAUAGAGCGUCCAUGCGUCUGGCCGGGCCUCCGGCUUCACUUCUGCUGGAGAUGGCCGAUAGCCGAUCAAUAAGUCAGCCGAGCUGGAGUUUGGAAAAGCAGAAAAUUGUAGUUUUUUGGGUGUUUUGUUGUAUUUAGGUCAAAUAAGGCAACAGUCUUCUUUUUUUUGGCCGUAUUCCUACCAGCUUUGCCUCUCAGUUUCUAGUAAAUACAGCAAAAGCAUCUUCUACAAGGCGUUUUGUUGUGUUUCUUCCGAAUUUCGAUAGUUUUACUCUAUAAAUAUAUAAAUAUAUAUGAAUAUUUAAUAUUCCCUUGCGUCAUCUAGCCACACGUGAGCCAUUACUACACGGAGUAGGUCAAAGGACAGGUCAAAGACGGUAACCGAGUGAAGCUAGAGUAAGUUGUUAAAGUCGCUGUCUUCGUCGAGUAGACCUUCAAGUAGUUACGCAGUAGAAGUAAAUGAGCUUGAUAGAGGAAGUGGUGCCGUGUAUGUUAUGCAAGUGAAAGGUAUCGCAGAGACCACUAAUAGCAUCCUGACUAUUGAAGAGGGC